UAGCGAGUCAUCCAAUUGAAUGUAUUGGAAGAUCGAGCGGUUCCCGAUAAGAUUCAAUGGGAUUCUGCCAUCAAAUUCUUGGAAAAUAGCAUCAAUGAAAGAUUGCGCUUAACUGAGGCGCAACUCAAUGAACUCAUUGGUCCCGGAUUUGUUGAUCGAUGGGUCAAAUGGAAGUCUAAAAGCGAUCACCAAAAUGUCAACUCUUAUAUUAAGUACGAAUUGGACAAAUUGCUGGCUCAACACAACACUCAGAGACAAAACCCAGUUCUCGGAAGUGAUGAGUUAACUGCUGUUAAGAAAAAUUUACAAAAUCAAGGCAUUGAAGUUGAUUUCGAAA